GGCAGUAAGAUCAAGAUGAUCCGUGCUUGCAUUGUUUUGGCUCUGGCCACCAGCGCUUUCGCUGGCUUCGUCGGCACCACCGGCUACGGUGUCGGCCUGGCUGCUGCUCCAGCUGUGGCCACCGUUGCCCACGCUGCUCCAGUGGCCUCCUACGCCACUGUUGCCCACGCCCCAGUCGCCACCGCUGUUGCCGCCCCAGUCGCUUCUUACGCUGUUGCUCCAGCUGUGACCCGCGUCGCCACUGUUGCCCACGCUGCUCCAGUUGCCACCGUGGCUGCUGCCCCACUCGCUUCUUACGCUGUUGCUCCAGCUGUGACCCGCGUCGCCACUGUUGCCCACGCCCCAGUUGCCACUGCUGUUGCCGCCCCAGUUGCUUCCUACGCAGUUGCUCCAGCUGUGACCCGCGUCGCCACUGUUGCCCACGCUGCUCCAGUUGCCACCGUGGCCGCUGCCCCAGUUGCCACCUACGCCGCUGCUCCAGCUGUCGCUGCCGUCCACGCCGCCCCAGCUGUUGCCACCACCACCGUCCACCACGCCCCAGCUGUCGCCACUGUUGCCGCUCCAGUCGCCACCUACGCUGCUGCCCCAGUCGCCACCUACGCUGCUGCUCCAGCUGUUGCCACCUACGCCGCUGCCCCAGCUGUGACCAAGGUUGCCACCACCUACCACGCCCCAGCCGUCGCCACCGUGGCUCACGCUCCAGUCGCCACCUACGCUGCUGCCCCAGUCGCCACCUACGCUGCUGCUCCAGCUGUUGCCACCUACGCCGCUGCCCCAGCUGUGACCAAGGUUGCCACCACCUACCACGCCCCAGCCGUCGCCACCGUGGCUCACGCCCCAGUCGCCACCUACGCUGCUGCCCCAGUCGCCACCUACGCUGCUGCUCCAGCUGUUGCCACCUACGCCGCUGCCCCAGCUGUGACCAAGGUUGCUACCACCUACCACGCCCCAGCUGUCGCCACCGUGGCUCACGCUCCAGUUGCCACCUACGCUGCUGCUCCAGCCGUCGCCACCUACGCUGCCGCCCCAGCUGUCGCCACUGUUGCCGCUCCAGUCGCCACCUACGCUGCUGCCCCAGUCGCUACCUACGCUGCUGCUCCAGCUGUUGCCACCUAUGCCGCUGCCCCAGCCGUGACCAAGGUUGCCACCACCUACGCUGCUGCCCCAGCUGUCGCCACCUACGCCGCUGCUCCUGCCGUGACCGCUGUCCACGCUGCUCCAGCUGUCGCUGCCGUCCAUGCUGCCCCAGCUGUUGCUACCGUCGCCCACGCUGCCCCAGCCGUUGCCACCGCUGUCCACGCUGCUCCCGCCGUGACUGCUGUUCACGCCGCCCCAGCUGUCGCCACCUACGCUGCCGCCCCAGCUGUCACCAGGGUUGUGCAGUCCGCCCCAGCUGUCACCUACGCUGCUGCCCCAGCUGUCACCAGGGUUGUUCAGUCCGCCCCAGCUGUCACCUACGCUGCUGCCCCAGCUGUCACCAGGGUUGUUCAGGCCGCCCCAGCUGUCACCUACGCUGCUGCCCCAGCUGUCACCAGGGUUGUUCAGUCCGCCCCAGCUGUCACCUACGCUGCUGCCCCAGCUGUCACCAGGGUUGUUCAGUCCGCCCCAGCUGUCACCUACGCCGCCGCCCCAGCUGUCACCAGGGUUGUCCAGCAGUCCGCUCAGGUUGUUGCUGCUGCCCCAGCUGUCACCUACGCUGCCGCCCCAGCUGUCACCAGGGUUGUUCAGUCCGCCCCAGCCGUCACCUACGCUGCCGCCCCAGCUGUCACCAGGGUUGUUCAGUCCGCCCCAGCUGUGACCUACGCUGCCGCCCCAGCCGUCACCAGGGUUGUUCAGUCCGCCCCAGCUGUCACCUACGCUGCCGCCCCAGCUGUCACCAGGGUUGUUCAGUCCGCCCCAGCCGUCACCUACGCUGCUGCCCCAGCUGUCACCAAGGUUGUGCACUCCGCCCCAGCCGUCACAUACGCUGCUGCCCCAGCUGUCACCAGGGUUGUUCAGGCCGCCCCAGCUGUCACCUACGCUGCUGCCCCAGCCGUCACUCGCGUUGCCACCUACGCUGCCCCAACCGUGACCAAGGUUGUGCAGUCCGCUCCAGUUGUCGCUGCUGCUCCAGCUGUCGCCACCUACGCCGCUGCCCCAGCCGUCACCGCUGUGCACCACGCUGCUCCAGCUUUCGCUGCUGUCCACGCUGCCCCAGCUGUUGCCACCGUUGCCCACGCUGCCCCAGCCGUCGCCACCUACGGUGUUGCCCACGCUGCCCCAGCCGUCGCCACCUACGGCGUUGCUCACGCCGUUCCAGCCUACUACGGCUACGGUGUUGGCUCCCUCGGCUAUGGUGCUGGCAGCUACGGUUACGGCCAUGGUCUCCUCGGCUACGGCCUGAACUACGGCUAUGGCCUUGGCUCUCCUCUGAGCUACUCCACCCUCCUCCGCAAGAAGAAGUGUAAGUUCCGCUCCAUUUUCCCUAGUGAGCGAUGUGGUAGGAAAUUCAUUCAGCUGAUAUAUAUCCUUUGUUCUCGUUCCAGAAAUUCUCGUCUUCUUGGAAGUCAGACACAACUGAAAGAAUGCAGCUAUGAAGAACCAGUCUUUCAUGCGUCUAUUCGCGCCGCUAUCAUCCUCGCCCUGGCCACCAGCGCCUUUGCUGGUUACGUCGGAGGCGGACACGUCCUCGGUCACGGUCUAGGCUAUGCUGGUCUCGCCGGAUACGGCUACGGUCUUGGUGGAUACGGCCUAGGCUACGGAUAUGGAUACGCCCCCGGAGCAGGAUACGCCGUCGCAGCUCCCGCUGUCCGCACCGUCGCAACUGCGGUUCACGCCGCACCAGCCGUGGCUGCUGUGCACGCGGCCCCAGCUGUGACCGCAGUACACGCCGCACCAGCCGUUUCGUACGCUGCGCCAGCAGUCGCUCGGGUCGCCUACGCUGCCCCUGCUGUUGCCAGGGUUGCCUAUGCUGCUCCCGCUGUCCACGCUGUCCAUGCUGCACCAGCCGUUUCCUACGCUGCUCCAGCAGUCGCCAGGGUCGCCUACGCUGCUCCCGCUGUGACCGCUGUCCAUGCUGCCCCAGCUGUUGCCAGGGUUGCCUACGCUGCGCCCGCUGUCCAUGCUGUCCACGCUGUCCACGCUGCCCCAGCCGUUUCCUACGCUGCACCAGCUGUCGCUAGGGUCGCCUACGCUGCACCAGCAGUUACCGCCGUCCACGCUGCGCCCGCGGUCGCUAGAGUUGCCUACGCCGCUCCUGCUGUCCACGCCGUCCACGCUGCCCCAGCCGUUGCCUACGCUGCUCCAGCUGUUGCCACUACCGCCGUCCACCACGCCGUGCCGGCAGUGGCAUCCUAUGGUGUUGCCCACGCUGCUCCAGCUGUAGCCUCCUAUGGAGUCGCUCACGCUGCCCCAGCCUACGGAUAUGGCGUCGGUUCUCUUGGUUACGGAGUUGGCAGCUAUGGAUAUGGCCACGGCCUCCUCGGUUAUGGUCUCAACUACGGCUAUGGGCUCGGCUCCCCCUACCACUACAACACCCUCCUUCACAAGAAGAAGUAAACGCUUCCUGUGACCGACAACGAGGUUCUCAAGGACGCAAGUCAUCGCCUGGACGUUUCUCUUGGAGUUAUGAUGCUUCGAAAGAAAUAAACCUAUUUGUUAUAUGUUUCACAA